AUGGACCAGAGAAACCUCAUCAACGUCACGAAAAUCAGCACAUCGACUUUUGAUAACAUCUUCACGAAUUUGGCAACUCAACAAAUGGCUCCGAAUAUCUCUUUCGAGGGCCAGCUCCCCAAGACUCUCAGUCGUAAUACGCUGAAUGAUUCCGGAAGUAAGAACUUUGAUGACUGCAGCAACGACCGCCUUAUGAUUUACUACGUUACAAUUUUCUUACUUGCACUAUUAUGCGCGGCUUUGUACGACAUUUACCUGUGGAUCAGAAUUAUACACGUGGUGUUGUCAAUAUUUCAGCGGAAUCAGUUAAAGAUCAAAUUAAAGGAAAUUGUUGAAGAAGUGGACAAAAUUGAUAUGAAGAUUCAGAUGAAGGACAUGAAGAUCGAGAUCAAUAAAAUGGAGAUGAAAGUGGAUGAUCUUGAGGGAAAGGUGGAUGAGAAGCUCACCCAAGAGCGACUUGAUCAUCAAAAUAAGAUGCUAGAUUGGAAGACGCAGGCACAAAAGGAGAAAGAUGACUUGCAGGGCGAAAUUCUGAAGAUCCAGGAUAAACUUGAUCAACUUGAGCAAUGA